UCAUAGAUUUCGCUACGAGUCCGUGCGCUCGCUAGAAAUUCAUCGGCCUCGUCGGCGUCGAACGCUCUGGUCGACCACUGACAGACACUCUGUACUCUGACACAUCGCGGGGCAUUGUUUGUUGUGUUUCGUUGCGAUGAGCGUUCGCCGCGUCCGCGCUGGCAUCCACGCGAAAUCCACCCCGGCGUGAGACGAGAUCGAUGGGGCCCGCGCAGCUUCCGAGAAUGUUGUGAAUUCGCGUCGAGCCUUGCCACCAGCGCGCCAGCCAGAGAGAACCUUGGUGCAAGUAAGAGACUUGACAGUGAAAUUAACUGUGCUUUAGUGCGAAUAACGGCAAAGUUGUCUGUCGUCGCGGGUCGAUUGGGGGACAGGACACAUGCAAGCGCGCCGGGAGCGUGGCGAGCCCGACGUCGUCGACGCCUGAGGGGGCCCGCGCCGCAGGGAUGGCCCUGGUCACCGUGCAGCGCAGCCCCAGCAGCACCACAUCGCCGCAAACGGAUACGACAACAGGGAUUAAUAUCACCGACGAAAUCGACAUGGGACGAAAUUCAAAAAGUCUUAGUGAAUGCUAUUUUGCCGGCAAGGGCACCGCGCUGGUCCUACCCGCCGCCUCCGAGGCCCAGAAGGCGUCGCGACGCGCCAGCGCCGGCUCCAACAUCCAGAAACACCUCCAGUCUAUGUUCUACCUGUUGCGACCCGAGGAGACUUUAAAAAUGGCUGUAAAAUUAGAAAGUGUCCAUGCGAAUCGCACGCGUUAUCUGGUGGUGGUUUCACGGAUGGGCGCGCGUGCUGAAGAGUCCUGCCUUCUGGGGAUUGACUGCAAUGAACGGACAACGGUCGGCAUGGUGCUCAAGGUGCUUGCUGAUACUGCCAUCACGUUGGAUGGUGAUGGUGGCUUCAGCGUGACUGUCUGUGGGCGGCAUCACAUCUUCAAGCCGGUGUCGGUGCAAGCUAUGUGGUCAGCAUUGCAGACGCUGCACAAGGCGAGUUCAAAGGCGCGCGAUCAAAACUACUUCCAAGGCGGGACGACGCACGCGUGGGUGCACUACUAUGAAUCGCGCAUCGAAUCGGAUCGCUCCUGCCUCAACGAGUGGAACGCCAUGGACUGCCUGGAAUCACGGCGGGCACCCUCACCGGAUUCAGCACGUACCAAACCUACGGCACGUGCUGAAACAGAGCGCGUGAUCAAAUGCACGCUCAAAGAGAUUAUGAUGUCCGUUGAUUUGGACGAGGUGACGAGCAAAUAUAUUCGUUCCCGGCUAGAGGAGCUCUUUGAUAUGGAUCUGGCCGAGUACAAGAGCUUCAUCGAUCAGGAGAUGUUGACCAUUUUGGGGCAGAUGGACGCGCCUACUGAGAUCUUCGACCAUGUCUAUUUGGGCAGCGAGUGGAACGCUUCUAACUAUGAGGAGUUGCAGCGUAACGGGGUGGGGCAUAUCCUCAAUGUGACGCGCGAGAUUGACAACUUUUUUCCGGGCACUUUUGAUUAUUACAAUGUGCGCGUGUAUGACGAUGAAAAGACUGACUUGCUACGCCACUGGGACAAUACGUUUAAGUAUAUUACGAAUGCUAAGCGCGAGGGGUCGAAGGUGUUGGUGCAUUGUAAGAUGGGCGUGUCGCGGUCUGCUUCCGUGGUGAUUGCCUAUGCGAUGAAGGCGUACAAUUGGAACUUUGCGCAGGCUAUGGAGCAUGUUAAGCAGAAGCGCAACUGUAUUAAACCCAACACGUCCUUCCUCAGCCAGCUGGAGACCUAUCAGGGUAUUCUUGAUGCGAUGAAGAAUCGUGAGAAACUUCAAAGGUCCAAGUCGGAGACUAAUCUGAAAAGUCCCGGACUUGUUGCUAAGAAUGAAUUGAUUUUGGUUGGGAGUGAACCCACGCCGAUUGUUAAGACCAUGAAUGUGAAUCUACCGCGGCCGGUUCAUGCGGAGACGAUUUCGAUGUCUGGGCAGGAUCUAAGACAGCUAGGGUCACGUCCCAAGUCUUGGUCUCCGGAGGGUUUGGUAAGCGAAGAGGUGCGGCAGGUUCCGCCGUCAUUUCGUUCAUUGGAGAAUCUCAAUCAGCGCAAUGGGGAGGAGCAGAAGGAGCUGUCGAUAUCGAGAGACGCGCCCACGAACAAAGUGAAGCUACUGAAGGAUGCCGCAAGGAAUGUCCUUUUGCCCUGCGACAAUGGAGAGUCUUACAGUGUUUCACCCAAUCAAAUUAUGCACAUACCCAAUCGCAACCAGGACGCUUUGAUAGGCCUGGCGUCGGUUAAGGAGAGGGUGAAUGAAUUAGAGGCUGCAAAAAAGCGCGAGAAGAAAAAGUUGGUGUUGAACUUGUUUCCGCAUGACCAAACCGAUGAAGGUGGGACGUCAAAGGAGGCGGAAUCUAAGGAUAUUUGGGAUCCGGGAGAUCAGCAACAACAGAAGAGUAACAAGACAACUGCAACAACGCAUGACUGUGAUUUUAAAAGUGCAAAGGACGCGAUUAAGACUAGUAGUGACGAUGUGAAGGGGGCCUCGUCGCCCCCGGACAUGUUUUCAAAUCACUGUGAUCGGGUGUUUGACCGCGAGGAGCGCAAACAACGCGCGCCCACUUGUAAUUUAACCACCGACGAAGAGAUUCCUCGAAAUUGUCCGUCUAGGCAGAGCUCGUGGUCGUCGUAUGACAGCGCUGUGGGGCUAAACUAUCAGGGUGAGACACGGGACGUACCAUCUCGGCACUCGAGUUGGGGUUCUGGUGAUACGCGCAUCCUACCAUCGCGGAACAGUUCCUGGGGUUCGUACGAUAUUCGUGCGGGUGUGGCUUCUGCCGCAGGUGCGAUUCCUUCAAACAACGGCAACUCGGAUCUCAUUGCAAUAGAGAGCAACGCAGCGGGAAUCUUUCCGGGUACGGUACGGCGAACAAAACAGAAAUUGGAAGAGAAUUCCAACGUGGAAAACACGCCCGCUGCGAUCAAUAUUACUACAUCACCUAACACGGACGGCUGCCUCUCGAGGUUAUCUGCAAGUGCACCGGAGAAAUCCAACAUGGAGUUGAUGGUGAGUGAGAAUGCUAACAGUUUAUCGCGAUCUGCCUCCAAUAUUGGCUCGAACAUCGUCAGUAAUGCGAAAAACUUUCUCGAAAGUUUACACAAAGAGGGUGGCAGACGAGACUUGGAUUCAGAAGAACCCACCACCAAUCCAGGUAUGGUUCAAAGUUUAAAAAAAGAGUUUGAAGCGAAGAACAUUGUGGAUGCGAAGGUGGUGCAGAUGAAUCUCACAAAUAGCAGUAUGGAAAACAGCGGUGUGGUUACUGGUGAUAGACGCAGCGUACCCUCAAGCCCUGUUUUGGAUAAAUCCGAAAAACCCUCAAGUCCCACCUCGUCAGAUCCCGGCGAAAACGUGAAAGAAUUACGCGGGAAAUUUGAAAAAUCUUUCAAUUUUAAAACCCCAUCACCUCAGCCACAACAGAUUCAUCCACACCCGCAUAGGUAUUCCUGUGUGGAGGUAUCCGUGGAAAAAAGUCCUGUCAGGAUUAAACAAACGCCACUGAUAACUGGAUUCAAACUGGGCUUGCAGGAGAAAAGCGUCGAGAGUGAGUUUAAGCGACCGCCGAUGAUUCCCGUGGUACGUCACGCACCCAAUUUGAUUCCCUCGUCACCUCCUGCCCCACCAACAUUGAACAACGCUAACCGCCGCCAGCCGCAGCAACAAUACGGCAAGAGUCAUCCGCUCGCGCAGCUAGGCAUCAAUAAACAACGCCACAACAAUCCUGUGUACAAUACAAUGUAAGUAUUGGUUGUGACGCGCCGCCACUGCAGCGAGUGUGCUCAAGAGGAUUUUCCACAAAUGGCUGUGACAUUUUAACUGCUACACGAUACACAAAAAUGUAAAACAAAAACCAAUGCGCUCAGAAAACUAAACUCGGAAAAUAGUAACUGCCAAAUUAUUUACUGUCUCAAGAUGAAUAAUACGGACCAAUGAUAGGCCAAAAGAUCAUAACAAUAAUAACAAUAGCAGUUGCUGAGUGAUGCAUGAAUUUGUUCGUUUUGGAAUUUAUUUUCGAAAUCACACCAUCACACAUCACAUAUCAACAAGUUUGCAAAUUUUAAUUCGUUAAAAUUUUUAAUUAAAAAAAUCCUUUGUGUAUAUAACUCAAACUUGAAUGUUUUUUUUUAGUAAUUUAUAAUUUUUAACUUUGGACACGCUGUGUGCAGUUUUCGUUGAUCAACUUUCGGCUGUCGUGUGUGCAAUCUAGUCUUUUAUCACUGCGCAAAGUGAGAUACUAAACAAAAAAACACAAAAUUACGAGUAUUGUGAGCGCCGGACAUGCGAGAAGAAACAAACAUUUGAAAUUCGCCUUAAACCCUAAAAACUAACUGGUAUUGUACAAAAAAAGAAAACAAGAAAUGAGGAGGUGGAGAAGACGCGCUAUUUUUUCAAUAUUCUAUUCUUGGCUAUGUACAUUAAUGUGUAUUCUUAGCACGUAAAACUUUUAUUAUUGGAUAAAUGUUGCUAUCGAAUAAUUUCCUCUCUCUCUCAUCUAGUAUCAAUUAUUAUUUAAACGCUAAACAAAACAAAAGCAUUACGUGUGUGAUAGCCUGUAAGUCGUUUUUUUUAAUUUUAAUUAAAUUUAAGCGAGUGAAGAGAAGAAGUGUUACAUAUAUUGUCCAUACAGAUGAUGAAAUGUAGAUAAAUGAAAAAAAGACGAUAAGAUAAACAAA